UUGAGAGAAGAAAAGAAGACGUACGACACACAAAAUAAUAAAACCACAUUAACUCUAGAAAAUUAUUUCAAAUUAGUUUGUCUGCAAAAUGGAUCAAGACAAUUAUACCAAAACGGUUGAUUAUUCGCAAUGGGUGAAGGAAAGAUAUCAAGAGGUUCAAAAGAUUCUGAAGGAACACGAAGUGAAAGAAGAUCAGAAUGUGAUUUAUGAGAAAAAAUCCAAGGCAAUGGAAAUUUUGGAAGAGAUACUCGAAGUGCUCACCAAAGAAAUAUGCAGCACAGUGAUGAUCGCAAUAACUCAUUUAAAUAUAGGUAUAUUACAAGCCGAUAUGCAAGAUAUGGACCUUGCCAACGAAUAUUUCACGAGGUGCAUCAAGAUGAUGGAAGAAAGCAAACUGACACCUGAGGGCAUAUUGCCAGCCAUAAGCGCCAACAAUCAAAUGGGUAUAUUGUACGCACAGAAAGGUUUAUACGACAAAGCUAGAGAUUUCUUGGAAACAGCAGAGAUCUUGUAUUUCAAAUUUACUGAAGAUACUAUAUGCAAUCCGAUUAAUAUGAUGAACAUUAUGGGAAUUGAGGAGAUAGAAGGCGAUUUGUGUCCCAGAGGUUGUCUCGAGAAACUUCACACGUUAACUCUUUAUUACUUGGCCCAAGUAAGCCGUCAGUUGGACGACAAAGGUAGUUUUGCGUUGUAUUGUCACAGAACGUUGAGCAAGCAAUUGAGCCAGAACAAGAUAACGCAAGAUUUGGAUUACAUCGAGUGGGCUUUGAACGCCGCAACGAUAUCUCAGUAUUUCGUUGAACACGAGAAAUUCUCACAAGCGAGAUAUCAUCUGGCCGCAGCAUCUUGUAUAUUACACGAGUACCACAAGAUUUUGGAGUCAAAGGGUACGAAGGAGAUCGAGAGCGUUGCUGCGGAUUAUGAAACUUAUAAUCACAGAUCGGCGGACGUGGCCCGAUGUUGGGCGAAAUACGGCAUAGCUCUUCUGAGCUCGUCCAAAGAAAGAUUGUACAAGGAAAUCGAGGAAGAAGAAGAAGAAGAAGAAGAAGAACCGAACAAUUCGAAAUCCGCGGAAGUCGACAGCGAGGUUUGCAAAUAUCCCCGGAUGCGCGAGGCCAUGGAGAAUCUGAGAUUCGUGGAUUUGGAACCGCAGUUGGAAGUUUUUACCAACGAGAUCACGGACAAGUAUCUGCUGGACUUCGCCGAUGCCAAACCGGUGUUUCUCAACGUUCGAAAAUGGUUGGACAAAGCGAUGACCUAUUACACCUUCGAGAAUCACGCGUCGGAUUACGCGUGUAUCGCGCAAGACGUCUCGCAGGCGUACAAGUAUCUCGCGUUCUACGAAAUGAACGAGGACAGACAGGCGAAGAUGCACAAACGUCGAAUAGAUUGUCUGGAGAAAGUGAUUCAGGGACUGAGUCCGCGAUUUUAUCGAACAAUUUGCAGAGAAAUUUGGAUCGAGCUGGCGGAGAUCUACUCGGAGAUAUUGGACAUAAAGAUCGACCGUCUGCAGGCGUCCGAUGAGAAGCCGACCGUGCAGAUGGUAGCGAAGAUCGAACGUUUGGCGCGAAGCAGCAUAAAGCACUAUCAGUCUCAUCUGAACUCUCUGGAGACGAACAAGUCUGACGACGGGGUCGAAUCGUUCUCGGACGAGCAUCUGCAUCAGGCGUUGCACUCGCAUUUUCAAAUAGGCAGAUUGUACAACAAGAUCAUAACUUCUGACGUGGAUAAGAGAAUAGAGAACAUGCUGAAGAGCAUUGACGCUCACAGUUUUGUCGUUAAUUAUUACGACGAGCAUCCCGACAAGCAGGAGGAACUUAAAAAAUACGAAUUUAUAGGUUUGUCAAGAGAAUUCGUUAAGUUGCUACCACUUACAGUAGACAGAUUAAAACAGCAACAAAAAAAUUAAGAAAUUACUUUCUUAUUUGGUUUUUCUCGUUGUUUUGCAUUUUUGUUGCACAAUA